AUGACGACCAAGAUCGUGGAGUUGUCGACCGUCAUCGCCGAGAAGACGAAAGUCGUCGAUGAGUACUUCAAGAAAAAUGGCCUUGCAACACCUUCCUUCGAUCUGGAUGGCCCGACUAGGAUCGCGAUACCCCCACAAGAGAAGGAGGCGUCAGAUGCCCUCACAGCCGUCCUCAGUGCAACCAGAGAUUUGAAUCAGCUCCUGACCGGUCCAACUGGUGUGCUGAUGGGCACAAGCCCCAACGACUGUCUCAGUCUGCAAGCAGUGUACCGCUUCAAGAUCGCUCAGGCGCUGCCAGUUGGCGAGGAGUGGUCAUUCGAGGACCUCUCCAAGAAGGUCGGUCUGAAUGUGAUCGACCUUCGACGACUCGUCCGCCAUGCCAUGUGCAAUCACAUCUUCCGCGAGCCAAGGACCGACUAUGUCGCUCACACUGCCACCUCGAAGUUGCUCGCAGAGAGCGAGCUGAUGCAGAACUUUGUGGGAAUCACGAUGGAGGAGAAGUUCCGAGCUUCUGGCCGAGUAGUCGAUGCGUUGCAGAAGUACGAUGGAGCUCACUCUCCAGAGCAAUCGGGCUUCAGUCUUGCAUUCGACACUCCAAGAGGAUUUUACGACGAGAUGGAAGCUCACCCAGAGCGUGGUCGACGAUUCGCAAGCGCCAUGAAUACCUUCGCUUCCCUCAUUCCACUCGAGCCGCUGUUCAAUGCCUUCGACUGGGCCUCGUUUGGCAAAGCUACCGUGGUCGACGUAGGAGGUGCCUGGGGACCGGUCUCGAUAGGACUUGCCCAGCGCUUUCCGGAUCUCAACUUCAUCGUCCAAGACUUGGCUGGUGUCGUCGAUGAGGGACCCUCCAGGGUUCCAGCCGAGAUCAAGGAUCGUUUCCAGUUCAUGCCAUACUCCAUUCUCGACGAGCAGCCAGUCAAAGGCGCACCUAUUUACUUCUUCAGAGCGAUCUUCCACAACUGGCCCGACGAGUCGUGUGUGCAGAUCUUGAAGAACCAGAUCCCUGCCCUCAAGAAGGGUGCUCGUAUCGUCAUUGACGAUAGUACCUUGCAUGAGCCCAACACCCUUCCAUCUUCCGUCGAGAAGCGAAGAAGAUCCAUGGACCUCAGCAUGCUGACGUGGUUUGGCUCGCGCGAGCGGACUGUCGACGAUUGGGAGAAGAUCUUCAAAGCAGCCAGCCCAUCAUUCCAACUUCGCCAUGCAAAGCCAGCAGGCAUGAACUACAACCUCGAUGUCGAGUGGACUGGAUAG